CCACGUGACAGCCUAAGAUGGCCGCUUCCUUGACCAGACGACGGGCCCUAAGCGGCUUGCGCGUCGUCUCCGAUCAACAAAUAUUCCUUAAGCAGUCGCUUCGCACGACCGAGUUAUGCAGGGCGUUGCGAACAGGCGUGCUCAGGCACUCCAUUUUGCAUAGGGUGACGCAUAGCGCUAGCUUCUGGACACGCUCCGUUGCCGCGCUCACACCGCUGGACCGUCGACACUUCGCAACCCUCCCUGAAAAGGACGCUCUAGCCGUCGAUCCUAAACUUCUGUUGAAGUACUUCCAAGUCGUGGCCAAGGAACUCAAAGAUGUGGAGAAGGAACUCCUCCGACGUUCGCUAGAUGCGAAGAAGACCAAGGAGCUGAACGACAAAGUGGCACGGUUGUCGGGAAUCGUCCGCCUGUUCGAGAAAGUCAACCAACUGAGAAAGGAAGUCGACGGACUCAAGGACUUGGAGAAAGAUUUUGCCAAGACAGGUGAUGACGAAAUGCUCACCAUGGCCUUGGAGGACCUGAAGAAAUGUGAAACUGAAAUAAAUCAUAUUUAUGACCAGAUUCUAGAGCAAAUAGUUCCUCCAGAUCCCGUGGACUCGAGCGAGGUGCUUCUUGAACUGACGGCCGGAGUUGGAGGCCAGGAAGCCAUGCUGUUCACUAGAGACAUCAUGGAGAUGUACAUGCACUACUGCAGGUGGAAAGGGUGGAGCUGCACACCGCUGGAUUAUGAAACCGCUGACCAAGGUGGAGUACGGCAUGCUUCUUUAAACAUUGGUGGAAGGGACGUGGGAAAGUUUCUCAAGUUUGAAAGUGGUGUCCAUCGUGUUCAGAGGGUGCCAGCAACAGAGAAAUCUGGCCGCAUACACACUAGUACCAUGGCUGUUGCUGUCAUGCCAAUGCCUAGCGAGGUUGAGGUUGUCAUCAGCCCAAAGGACCUGGUCGUUAAAACGAAGAGGGCUAGUGGCCCUGGAGGUCAGCAUGUGAAUAAGACUGAGUCUGCAGUCCAGAUGCAACACAUCCCAACUGGAAUCAUGGUCGAAUCAAGCCAGGAGCGUUCGCAGCUCACUAACAGAGAAUUGGCCUUGAAGAUCCUGCGGGCAAAGCUCUACCAGAUGGAACUUGACAAGCAGCUGAGCCAACACUCGGCCCAAAGAAAACUGCAGGUGGGGUCAAGAGGCCGCUCUGAGAAGAUAAGAACAUACAACUAUGCACAGGACCGUGUCACCGACCACAGGAUACCAAUAACAGUGCACAACAUAGAGGAAUUCCUGCAAGGAGAACAACAACUGGACAAUGUGAUACAGAGACUGCUUCAAGAGUCAAGAAAAGAAAUAGUCCUCGAAGUGCUGCAGCCAGUAGUAAAGUGAUAUAGAAAUAGACUA